AUGAAGAGUGCAGGGAGCAAUAGUAAGAAGAGAAAGUGGGAUGCGGGUAGUAAGAGUUUUGGGCUUCCACAGUGCCGGCAGUGCGGACAGAGACACCAGGGGCAGUGCCGAGAUGUACGUUGGGAUAUAUGUUAUUGUUGUGGUCAGCCGGGACACUUGAAGAGGGACUGUCCACAAGCGCCUAGACCGGCUACACCGGCCCCACCAGCUACACCGGCCACAGGGCAGGAUGUCAUUUGUUUUCGCUGUGGACAGAGGGGCCAUCGUUCGAACGUGUGCACCCAGCCACCACAGAUUGGAGGGCCACGGACGGGAGGUGUGGGACCUAGACUAGUGCAGAGACAGUUUACACCGAGGGCACUGAGUCUAAGAGCACCAUUACCCCCACCAGCAGCACAGCGCCCAGGGCUCUCAAAGAGAGUGCAGAUGUAG